CAUGCCUUCUCCUUCCUCCCUCCAAUGGCUUAGUCUCAUAGCCACUAUAUGGCUCCAAACCAUCAAUGGCGCCAACACAGACUUCCCUGUCUACUCCUCACAACUGAAACAGCUCCUCUCCAUCUCUGAAGUCCAGCUCAAUGACCUCGCUUUCGCCUCCGAUGCCGGCAAACUCUUCAGCUGGCUCGCGGGCUUCGCCGCCACCUAUCUCCCUCUCACACUCAUCCUCUUUAUUGGGGCAGCCUUCAGCCUCAUUGGAUAUGGCCUUCAAUUCCUCUUCUUAACACAAAAAAUCACUCACCUCUCAUAUUGGCAAGUUUUCCUCCUCACAGCUCUAUCAGGCAACGGCAUAUGCUGGAUUAACACAGUAUGCUAUCUUAUCUGCAUCAGAAACUUCUCCUCUUACAGCAGAAUUGCAGUAGGAAUCUCAACCAGUUAUGUUGGUUUGAGUGCUAAAGUAUACUCUGCCAUAGCUGAUGCAAUCUUCCAUCCACGAGAAGAUAAGAAAGCUAACACUUUUCUGCUUCUAAAUGCAAUUUGUCCUCUGUUUGUUUCUGUUGUUGCUUCACCUGCUGUUAGAGAAUAUUUGAACAGUGAAGGAGAAGAAGGAAAAGAUGGAGCUUUUCUGGUUAUGUUCGUGAUAACUAUUGCAACAGGAGUUUGUUCAGUUCUUAGCAGCAUUAAUGGCCCUGUGUCAAGUUGGUUUGGGCCAAGAGAAAAGCUUAUCAGUUUGGCUUUGCUUCUUGUUUCUCCUCUGCUGAUCAUGCCUGUUUAUGUUAAGGUUAAGGAGAAGAGUUGGGAUAAGUUGAGGACAGUGUAUGAGAUAAGUGUAGAGGAAGGAGGAGGAAGAAAAGAAGAGAAAGUAGUUGGAUUGAAGGGAGAAUUGAGGGAAGGAGUGGGUUUUAAGGUGAUGGUGAGAAAAAUGGAGUUUUGGUUGUAUUAUUUUAGUUAUAUGUUUGGAGCAACGAUUGGAAUGGUGUUUCUGAAUAAUUUGGGACAGAUUGCAGAGUCUCGUGGGGUUUCUGAUGUGAAUUCUAUUGUGUCGUUAGCUUCUUCUUUUGGCUAUUUUGGGAGGCUGAUGCCAUCUUUAAUGGACUAUUGUUUUUCAAGAAAAGGAUACAUGGAUUCAAGCCCCAGAAUUAUGGCAACUAUGAUGGUUCCUUUGGCAGCAGCCUUCUUCCUCCUCCUCAGCACAAGCAACCUCAUUUUAUACACCUGCACGGCUCUCAUUGGAGCUUGCUCGGGCUCAAUAACCGCCAUUGCUGUCUCUGCAACAGCUGAGCUGUUUGGAACAAAAAACUUUGCUAUAAAUCACAACAUUAUUGUAACAAAUAUUCCUAUUGCAUCUUUCUUAUUUGGUUACUUGGCCGGUCUUCUCUAUCAAAGACAGGGAGGGAGGAAUAGUUGCAUGGGAACUGAUUGCUACAACAAAACCUUCUUCAUUUGGGGCUGUGUUUCUUCAGUGGGAACACUUCUUUGUACAGUACUGUACGUUAAAACUCGCAGAGUUUCUAACAAGUAUCAGCAGUAGGUUGUUGCAGUACUUCUUC